AAAACAUGAGAAAUAACAACCACAAUCCACACACACAAGUAUCUUCAUCUUACAUGGCCCCAAUAUCCAAAAUCUCAAGAUUCUCAUUCAUACUCUACUCCACUAGUCCACUAACUAGUGGUCGUUAAUUGUUGAAAAAACAGUUGAUUAAUCUCCCGCCAUCUUUCUCUUUUUCUUUCUCUCUCCUCCAGUAAAGCUUCGCUUUAAUGGCGACCACUGCUUGGUCUCUUCUCUCUCCUCCACUCAACCUUCAAUUCUUUUCCACUUCGGCUUCUAGAAACAUCCGCCAUUGGAGCUCAGCACGAGGAACUACCACCGCUAAAAUCUUCGCCAAAAGUAGCGACGAUGAUGAUAAAACGCCGUCGUUUAAUCCGUUUGGGUUCGUUACCGAUAAUCCCUCUAGCAAAAGCGCAAUUCAACUCCCUGAGAGUCCUGCCGAGGACGGCAAUGUCGGCCAAAUGCUUAAUAGAAUAGAGGACAAGGGAAAGGACUAUGGGCGUUAUAUUAAAUCCGGGGACUUAAUUUGGUUUGUUAGAGAAACAGGUUCGCCUGAUAGUAGACGUGGAACCAUCAUCUUCCUUCAUGGGGCUCCAACACAAUCUUAUAGCUAUCGAGUCGUUAUGUCACAGAUGUCUGAUUCUGGAUUCCACUGCUUGGCACCUGAUUGGAUAGGCUUUGGCUUCAGUGAUAAGCCAUACCCAAAAUUCGGUUUUGACUAUACAGAAAAGGAGUUCCAUGAUGAGUUUGAUAAAUUACUUGAAGUGCUGGGAGUGAGAUCUCCUUUUCUUCUGGUAGUACAGGGCUUUUUAGUAGGUUCCUAUGGAUUGACCUGGGCAUUGAAAAAUCCCGGCAGGAUAUCUAAACUCGUGAUACUGAACAGUCCACUAACAGCUUCAUCUCCAGUCCCUGGAUUGUUUCAACAACUAAGAUUUCCUCUUUUAGGUGAAUUCACAAGCCAGAAUGCUAUUAUUGCCGAACGAUUUAUUGAAGCAGGUAGCCCUUAUGUUCUGAAGCUGGAAAAGGCUGAUGUAUACCGGCUACCGUAUCUGUCAAGCAGUGGUCCAGGAUUUGCCUUGCUUGAAGCUGCAAGAAGAACAAACUUCAGAGAGGUAGCAACUCAGAUAGCUACAGGGUUUGCAUCUGGAAGCUGGGAUAAACCUAUACUGUUAGCAUGGGGUAUAUCGGACAAAUAUCUUCCCCAAUCAAUUGCAGAAGAAUUUCAAAAGGGUAAUCCUUCAGUCGUGAAGCUUAAAUUAAUAGAAGGAGCUGGUCAUAUGCCACAGGAAGACUGGCCAGAAAAAGUUGUUGAUGCUUUGAGAAUGUUCUUAUGAUGUCAACGAAGAGAAACAUAUAGCCGGAGAAUCUUUGAAUGGGCUGAUCAAUGGAUAGUAGCUAUGGCGCCACGGGCAUGUGUAACAGUAAGAAAGGAACCGAUGUGGCAGACAAAAUACAUGCUUCGAUAUGGACUUUUCUUUCGCAAUUAUUUGAACUGGGCUGUUUUCGUGUCGAUUAAAAGAAAUUAAACAAUGUCAUCACCCAGUGCUACAGGCUCCGACUGAUUCCUUCGGUAGAAUUAAAGGAGUCAGAUGUAUAAAAUAUAAAUCAUCAUUAUAAUGUGUUACAACAUCUGUUCAAGUGUGUAACCAAAAGAACUGUUAUUAAGCUGUUUACCUAAAUAGAGCUUAGUUCCUGUUACAUUACCUACAUAACGGCUAUUGUGAAACAUAAUACGGUUUGCA